AUGAAAGUGGUUCUCGAAUAUCAAACACCAUCUGGUGAAAUGGUGAAGCUUAAAGCGCCCAUUGAAGGAGUGGUGACGUUUGAUCGUGCAGCGAAGAAAGGUGCAGAAAUGGUGCAGGUUCGUCGGUCUUCCAUAACAAACACACAGAAAGAUGGUAGAGCUGGUCAACGAAAAGAGGCUGCCAUAGCGAAUGUCUCAAUGAUUCAUCACGUGCCAGAGCUCAUCGUUUCUGAUGACGUUAGUCUUGGAAGGUUGGCGGAAGAACUUGGUUCAGCGGACUUGAAGAAUGUCUUGAAUGCGCGUAAAUUGGUACUUCUGGUAGAUCUUGAUCAAACAAUAAUCCACACGACAAAUCGUCCUUUCAAAGUUGAUCCUGAAAAGCAUGGCGAUAUCCAUACUUAUAAGAUGUUCGGCACGAAGUACCACACAAAGUUAAGGCCGUAUACGCAUGAGUUCCUGGAACACAUGAGUGCUUUAUACGAAAUGCACAUCGUAACCUAUGGACAACGACAAUAUGCCCAUAAAAUUGCGGAGAUUCUUGAUCCUAGCAAGGUAUUAUUCGCUCAACGAAUCUUAUCAAGGGACGAGCUGUUUUCGGCACAACACAAAACUCGAAAUUUGAGGGCGCUGUUUCCUUGUGGAGACCAACUGAUUGCAAUUAUUGAUGAUCGCGCUGAUGUGUGGCAAUUUUCCGAGGCUCUCAUUCAGGUGAAACCGUACAGGUUUUUCAAAGAGGUGGGCGAUAUCAAUGCGCCUGCUGGAGGAACAAAAGAAGGCUUGCUUCCCGCUGUUGACAUAGAGGAUGAUGCGGAGCACGACCGAACUUUGGAACACGUUGAAAGGAUGCUGACCGAUGUGCACGCCAAUUUUUAUCAACACUAUGACAGAACGAAAGAGAUCAGAGAUGUCAAG